AUGGCAUUUGUACAGGGUCUUGACCCGAAAGUGCACGAAAGUAAAGAUUAUGAUAUAAAAAAGGAGACGCAAGCGAUUUCGGAUGCAGUUGAUGAGGAUAUUUUUCAUAGUGACAGCGACGAUCAAUAUGACGCAUUGAAAAGGACGCCAACGCUGUUGGAUGUAGCCAAACAUGAAGACUUUAUUGCAACAAGACUUAGUUUUGCAAUUAAUGACAUCGAAAACGAAUACAAAUCGACUAAAGCUACACACAAAGCUCAUUGCCUUAUAGAGCCGACACAUCUAGAUGUCAAUACUGAACGAGCUGGGCAACGCAACAAGCAGGGUGCAGCUGGUUUUAUAGAGCAGCAGCAACAAUAUGAAGACGACGAGUUUGAGGUCGACGCUGCUAAUGUUCGUAAAGCUGCAGAAAUUCUUGCUACUAAGGCUGCCAAGGCAAGUUCAGUGGGUCACCAUUUACCUAGUCGAAAUCGCUCAAAACCGUCGAAAGGGGCAAUCUCGAGUUCGCCACUGACUAAGGUUGAGAUGCAACGGGCGAUGAUGCAAUACAAAUUGAGCAAUUUCCAGUCUCAGCAAUUACCACUUACUCAGAGGCGUCUGUUUCUCGCCUCAAUAGCACAAGGAAACAGCUUGAGUAAUGCAAAAAAUAAGAAGCGCGUUGCAAACCGGGAGGCAAUUAAUGAGCUCGCGAAGGAUAAACUGACUCAAGCACGGCAGCAACAGAAAGACCUUUUUGAAUUUGCGCGUUUUGAUGACGAACGCCACUGUCGAUUUCACCCUCGGUUGCACAAUUAUAGCAGCAAAAAAGCGUCGCAAAGUAGCCCUGACGAUGAAGGGGGUAGAGUGGGCGAUAAAGUUGAUUUCCAUCGGCUUAACGAUAACUUCAUUCGCCGUAUGGAGGCAGGUGAGCGAGCUCGACAGGAGCAACUUCGCCGAACACGUGAAGAAGCAGCGUACUCGUGUCGUCUGGACAAGAAGGAGUGUCAUACCUGCGGUAAUACUCAAUCAUACUCGGAACUUACGCAGAAGCGAAAGAAGUGUCCAAAUUGUGGGGUCACGUAUAGGAGCCGUAUUGUGUGGAGUGACGUUGCGAAGGAGUUUUUGUCUCGUAUGGAGGAAUUUCAAAAGCAAUAUAAAGAAAGGCACCGCGAGAAACAAGAGGAAUAUGAACGUCAAGAGGAGUUGGCUUGCACGCCGAAACAGGACGUGGAAUCCUCGAAGAAAACGUGGGAUGAAGUUCGUGAUGAGUUUCUCGGGCGUCUCCAGCUGGACAUGGAGUAUCGCGAGAUGUCUCGGGCGGCUAUCAUGGAGGAGAUUCAGCGCGAGUGUUCAUUUUCACCAUCUAUAACACGCAGAGCACAAAUGCUGAAAUUAGAUGAAUUUGAUGAGCGAAUGCGGCGGGACUUGAUUGGGCGUCGCAAUCGACUUAAAUUUAGUGGAUCUGAUUUGCAAAAACAUUUUUGUCUUGGCUUUGAGUCCGACUUGAAUUAUUGUUGCAAUCACCGACCGUCAAAGUUUGCUCAGUUAUCGAAGAGGUCAAAAAUUGAGAAGUGGUUAUGCCGUAAUUUGCUGAUCGCAUUGCGUAAGUCUUAA